AUGUCGGAGCCACAUUCAUGGGAGCCACAUCAGCCAGGGUACUACCCUUACUACGCCAGCGGUCAGCAGGCCCAUGGACGCACAGAUACACCUGUCUCCCCCACCCUAUCCGAUCCCCAGUACAGUCGUGCCCUGGAAUUGGGUCCAUCCGACUACAGCCCUGGCGCCAGUAGCAAUCCCCGCCGAUACGCUCCCGACCCCGGUCUUUUCCCUCCCCCUCUGCCCAUCCCACCCAUCGCUCCGGACUCGAAUGGCUUCGGUUCGUCGCUGGUGUCAUUGGGUCCGGGUCCGAAUAAUGUCGCUCUACCCUCCUUUUCGCAUACGUUCCAACAGGUGCAUCACCAGCCCCCUCCACUUCAGUACUAUACACCGCACUCCACGGUCAACGGCAUGCAGCAGCCCUCACCACUCCAUCCUGGGCCUCCUCACACGGCACAUGGGUAUCCAGACCACUCUCCACCCGCCUCAAGCUACGGUGGCUUCCCCUCGCAGGCCGCCACCCCUAUCAUGGCUGCUCCCCCGCUUCUCCCUGCGCCGGCCCCUCAUCGUCCGUCAUCGCAAUAUUAUUACGAGGCGCCGCCUCGUAUGCUAGCUCAGACUGGGCGCAUGUCGAGCGCGCCUACCUAUAGCGGAAGCCUCGCCGGUCACGCCUACUCGACCUCGCCAUCGUCUUACCACCCAUCCUCCUCCUCCCUCCAUCAGCCCGCUCACGCUGCCACAUACCCCGCUUUCUCUUCAUCCUCGGCUCCCUCCGCGCCCAUUCCACGUCCUCCUCCCAUCAUCACCGGUGUCCCAUACCAGGUCAAGAAGGAACGCUCGAGUCUGAGCGACAACACGGCAUACGGAGGCGGUGGCGGGGCGAGGAGGGCAGAUAUCUCGCCUACCGAGAGCAUGCAGAGCUGGUCGGGCGAGCUGGACAUUGACGACCGGGGAGAAGGCGGGAGCCAGCCCUGGGGUAUGCCACAGGAGGAGUAUCUCGCUCUGGCGCCUAAGGACAAGAAGCAAGUAAGGAACAGGGUCGGCGCAAAGCGUUUCAGGGCAAGGCGGAAGGAUUAUGUCGCCACCCUCGAAGCAUCCGUACGCCAACAAGGGGAAGAGCUGUCCACACUCCGGCAACAAGUCCGCUCUCAACGGAUGGAAAUCGACGACUACAGGCAGCAGCUCGGUCUACCGCUGGAGUCACCGUCGGUCGCAUCCGUGAUGCAGCAGGAGAAGAACGAGAGGGGUCUGGGGUUGAUGGUGAUGCAGGAUGAGCAGGAGGGACAGGACGGUGGUUUCAGGCCGGAGGAGCAGAAUGGGUCGUAA